AUGGCAAAGAAGAAAUUACAAAAGGCCUUAGAACAUGAUACCUGCGUUCUUCCAUCUGAAAUUUUAUUUUCCAUCUUGAUUAGGCUUUCAGUUCAAUCUUUGUUACGUUUUCGAUCCGUUUAUAAGUCAUGGAAAAUUAUGAUAUCCGAUAAGGAAUUUAUAAAAGCCCAUCGUGAUCAAACCAAAGCAUUGGGACGUGAAAAGCUGCUGACGAAACAAGUAGGUGUUAGCAAUUACGUGUUUAGAGACUUGGAAAGUCACCAAGUAUUAGUUAGCAUGGAUGCAAAGCAACUCUUUCCUAAUGAAAAAUUUCAAGGAGGUAGCAUGGUGUGCUCUUGUGAUGGAUUGGUGCUCUUAAAGAAUCCCACAACCUACAAAAAUUAUGCUUUGUGGAACCCAUCUACUAGAGAAUAUCGACUUCUUAAAUGUUCUGAUGACGUGAAAUUCAGAGAAGAGCCUGCAAACGCUUGUGGUUUGUGCUACGAUUCUAGUAUCUCUGAUUACAAGGUUAUAUUGAUCUUUAAAUUGUUCUAUGUUGUUUACUCUAUGUCCACCGGUUCUUGGACACGAAGAAUAAGCUCCCCUAAUUAUCUAGUACAGCCAUAUUCGGUAAGAUGGUGUGUUGGAGGAAUCAACAUCCAAGAUUGUUUAUAUUGGUGUUUGAAUGAGAUAAUCACUAAUUACGUACGUAGAAAUUCCACAAUUAUAUAUUUUGACGUGAGUUCGGAUGAAGUGAAAGAACUUGAGACACCAAAUUUAGAUUUUAUAGGUGAUCAGGAUGAGUUGUUCCGCUUGGCCAGCGUGAAAGGUCGACUUAGUGUAUUUGGGGGGAAAAAACACAAGCAGAGAAUUGGACAUAUGGAUUAUGGAACAAGAUGGUUGGAAGUGGUUAAUGAGAAUUUGCAACUUGCCCAAUGUUUGCAACACGUUUGUCCUUUCUAG